AUGUCGAGGUGGAGCGCGCCGUCACUUUCCAUCGCCGCGACCUGGUCGACCAUACAAUUUCCAAGUGGAGGUCACUUUGGGCACCCUUGCGAGAAGCAGUUGGCGCAGUUCAAGAUGCAUGUCGAAUCGAUCGGAAACGUGUCGAUGUGGACUCUCUGCCUGAUAUUACAGGGGAAACAAUCCGCGAAGCUGCCGGACGAAUGCGAUCAGGCGCGCCCGAACAUGAUUCACCGCAUGUGGGUCGACUACCUGGCACAACGCGCAUUUGUUCGCCAGUGGUCCAAUGUUCGCCAGCAGCGGAUCACCAGCCUCGAGGCGACGUGCAAGGGACUGGCGGACAUGAAGCUGUGGGUGGCCAACAAGGGCGCCGCCAUCUGCACACAUCACACCGAUGCAGUUCGGGUCGCCCGAGCUUCGUGGAUGGGUGGGUGCCAGGCGAAGGCGCAGAAGACGGCAGGCUGCUUGGGCACGGAUAUUGGUGGUUGGAUCAUGGUUUGGACCCAGAGGUUGCCGCCUCCUUGUCUUUUCCUGGUCCUGCACAGGCCGAGACGACCACGUGGCCAUUUGGAGAUGAAGCGUGGACGGGUUGGUCUGACGCUGAUAGCGCAGCAGGUUUGA